UCGGGUCACAGGUGACGUUGCACGUUUCAUAACAAACAGGCAUGGGUUGUCGAAUCGUCAUCAUUCGUGUCCUACUCAUCACCGCCAGUUCGACGUCAGUCGUUAUCCGCUUGCCGUCCGUAAUACAUGUUACUUCCUAGCGAUGACUGUUGUCCAACAUUGUGGAUCUGUUGCCCGGCGACUACCGUAGUAAGAUCGGAACAGUUCCAUUGAUGUGAUGCCGACACAAGUGCUCCACAGCAAUAGUACUGUAAAAACCGUACUCCAGAUAAUGAACGCCGAACCAUCAUCGGCGCCCAACAACAAUUCUCAACAGCAUCUGAUGAAUGACGAAACUGUAAGUGGUCGUUUGCCGAUCACCAGUAGACAGAAAAUCACAGUCGUUAUACUAUGCUUUGUCAACUUGAUCAAUUACAUGGAUCGGUAUACAAUUGCAGGUAUUCUAGCUGAUAUUCAACACCAAUUUAAAAUCGGAGAUGACAAAGGUGGCUUAUUGCAAACCGCAUUUGUCAUAAGUUACAUGAUAUGUGCUCCGAUUUUUGGAUAUCUAGGAGAUAGAUACAACAGAAAGUUCAUAAUGGCUUUUGGUGUAUUUUUGUGGUCAUUAACUACUUUUGUUGGUUCUUAUAUGAAUGAAUACUAUUUAUUUUUGUUCUUCCGAAGUUUGGUGGGUGUUGGUGAAGCUAGUUAUUCGACUAUUGCGCCUACAAUUAUCAGCGAUAUGUUUGUUAAAGAUGUGAGGUCGAAAAUGUUGGCUUUAUUUUAUUUUGCCAUACCCGUGGGAAGUGGUUUGGGCUAUAUUGUUGGCUCGGAAACUGCUAGGGUUCUCGGUUCUUGGCACUGGGGAUUACGCGUCACGCCAGCGCUCGGUAUGUUAGCUGUCCUCUUGAUUAUGUUCGUUAUGGAAGAACCCGAACGAGGUCAGAGCGAAGGGUAUUCUCACUUGACCACUACGUCUUGGUCCGAGGACAUAAACUUAUUGUGUCGAAAUCGGAGCUUUAUGUUAUCCACUGCCGGAUUUACUUGCGUGGCUUUUGUCACUGGUUCUUUGGCUUGGUGGGGUCCCCAAAUUAUGUGGUCUGGACUAAAAAUGCAAGAAGGUUACGAAAAUGUUACAAUAAACAGUGUAUCGUUGAACUUUGGAAUAAUAGCCAUGGCAGCUGGUCUUAUUGGUGUUCCUUUAGGCUCAUAUUUGGCUCAACGGCUGAAAGUGAACUAUCCCAAAGCAGACCCGUUGAUCUGCGCUGGUGGUCUUCUGAUAUCUGCUCCAUUAUUGUUUUUGGGAUUAGCGCUUGCAGACAAGUAUUAUUAUCUUGUGCUAGUUUUGAUAUUUUUUGGUCAAGUAUCACUGAAUCUUAAUUGGUCGAUCGUAGCUGAUAUACUUUUAUACGUUGUCAGUCCUACUAGACGAUCAACAGCUGAAGCUUUUCAAAUUUUGUUUUCACAUGCAUUUGGAGAUGCUGGUAGCCCAUACCUUAUUGGAGUGAUUUCAGAAAUUUUAAAAAAAAUCUUUGCAAAAGGGGCUGUACCACUACUUUUGGCUUCCAUGUCAUUAGCCAGUAAUAAUUUACAAACCACUAGUGGUGACAAGCAAGAUAACAUUAGCAACUUCCAUAGUCUUCAAUAUGCAUUGUUCAUAACAAGUUUUGUUGAAGUGUUAGGAGCUAUGUUUUUCUUUUUUACUGCUUCCUAUAUUGUCAAGGACAAGGAAUUAGCGGAAACAGAGACUCCAGAUAAUGGACCAGAUACUGUUCAAAACAGGUAUCCCGUUGACGAAACACAUUUGCACGGUCAUUCCAAUCCCCGUUUUGUAGCCUAAAAUCUAUGAAAAAUUAAAAAAUUAAAUGACAAUAAAUUUGAUUUUGUGUAAAUUUCACUUGCUAAAAGCUUGAGUUGUUACGUUAAAAUAUUGCCAUUAUAUGUUUUACUGUAUUACACUGUCGUUUGACGCAUUCGUUUUACAUACGUACCUAAUAAUGAUGUUCACACUAUAUUUAUCUGUGAUACUUUAAUAUCGUAAACUAAAGCAAAUUCAUAGUAAUCAUAAUAAUAUAAAUUGUUUAAUACAAAUUUUAAUAAAAAUUUUAAUUAUGUAUAGAAUAUA